AUGGACAAUUCAACUGAAAUAGUGUUUGUUCUACAAGAACUGAAUGAGACGAUGGCUAAAAAACACACGUACUUUGCAGUUACUCUUCUCGUUUACUUGUUGACUAUUGUAGUGAAUCUGACUUUGAUCGUGACAAUUGUUUCACAGAAAACGUUACAUGAGCCCAUGUUUAUAUUUCUGUGCAGCUUAUGUGUAAAUGGGAUUUUUGGUGCCUCUUCAUUUUAUCCUAAAAUGUUGAUGGACCUUUCAUCUGACUUGAGCGUUAUAUCGUAUAAAGCUUGUCUGUGUCAAAUGUUUGUAAUAUACGGCUACGUCUUCUGCGAAUUCACGACUUUGACAGUGAUGGCUUAUGACAGGUAUGUCGCAAUAUGCAAGCCGCUCAAUUACCACUCCAUCAUAACCCCUGGGAAGGUAAUGAGAUUGUUGCUUUUCACCUGGCUGUUGUCCAUCUGUGAAUCAGCUGUUGCGAUGGCCGUGAUAUCAACAUUACCUCUCUGUGGAUUCAACAUUGAAAAGAUUUACUGCACAGCUUGGGCAGUGAUAAAACUGUCAUGUGUGGAUACCAUUAUAAACAACGUAUUCGGGUACUUUCUCGUGGUUUUUCAUGUUUUACAAGCAGUGCUGAUCUUGAUUUCCUAUGUUAACAUCGUCAAGGCAUCUGUGCGAUCGCAGGAAGAUCGGAGCAAGUUCAUGCAGACCUGCUUGCCCCAUUUAAUCGCAUUGACCAACUUCACGAUAGCACUCCUUUUUGACGACAUGUACGCUCGCUAUGGUUCCAGCAAUCGUCUGCAGGCUCUACGCAAUUUCAUGUCACUGGAGUACCUCGUAGUUCCACCGCUCCUAAACCCGCUUAUCUAUGGCCUGAAACUGAACCAGAUCCGCCGGAGAAUCUUUAGAAUUUGCAGCCAGAAAAGACAUGAUCUGAAGUGA